AUGCCUGUGGGCACGGUGGCGGAAGCCAGCGCGGCGAUCGACGCCGGGAAGGUGAAAGAAGGCAAGGAGAUCCUCGAGAAUAUCUUGCAUCAGCAUGCUGGCGCAGACGACGAGCUGAUGCUGGCCGAGCAGGAGGCAGCGCUGCUGCGCCUCGGCGAGCUGCACCGCGACCAGAAAGACGCCGAGGGCCUCGCGGCUACCGUGCGCGACUCGCGCCAAUUCAUGUCGUCGAUUGCAAAGGCCAAGACGGCGAAGCUGGUGCGCAUCCUGAUCGACUAUUUCUUUGCGAUUCCCAACAGCGAGCACAUCCAGAUCCAGGUCACGAAAGAAAACGCGGAGUGGGCCAAGAAGGAGAAGCGCAUCUUUUUGAAGCAAAACCUCGAGACGAAGCUCAUCGGGCUGUACUAUGAGGCGAAGGCUUAUCGCGAGGCGCUUCCGCUGAUCAAUGCGCUCCUCAAGGAGCUCAAGACGCUCGACGACAAGAUGAUCCUCACCGAGGUGCACCUGCUGGAGAGCAAGGUGAACCACGCCAUCUCCAACUUCCCCAAGGCCAAGGCCGCGCUCACUUCGGCGCGCACAUCGGCCAACUCGAUCUACUGUCCCCCGGCGAUGCAGGCGCAGCUCGACAUGCAGAGCGGCAUUCUGCACGCAGAGGACAAGGACUACAACACCGCCGCGUCGUACUUCUUCGAGACCUUUGAGGGAUUCGCUUCGUUGGACGACGCGCGCACGCUCCUUGCGCUCAAGUACAUGCUCCUCUGCAAGAUUAUGCUGAACCAGCCGGAGGAGGUCAACUCGAUCCUCGAGGGCAAGAUCGCGAGCAAGUACCACGGCCGCGAGAUCGACGUGAUGAAGGCGGUUGCCAAGGCACAGAUCGACCGCUCGCUCGAAGAGUUUGAGACAACUUUGCGCCAGUACAAGAGCGAGCUGUCGAGCGACCCCAUCAUCCGCUCGCAUCUUUCGGCGCUGUACGACUCGCUCCUGGAGCAAAACCUGCUGCGUGUCAUCGAGCCGUACUCGCGCAUCGAGCUGCAGCAGAUCGCCAAGCUCGUGCACCAGCCCGUGCGCGAGGUCGAACAAAAACUCAGCCAAAUGAUUCUCGACAAGGUCUUCCAGGGCGUGCUCGACCAGGGCGCGGGAUGUCUCGUGAUCUUUGACGAGGUCGAAGAGGAUCAAACCUACGAGAGCACGCUGGGUGCGCUGAAGCAGAUCGGCAACGUCGUCGACAGCCUAUACCAAAAGGCGAACGAGCUCACAUAG